AUGGCUCAAACGUAUCUUAUGUGGGUUGCUGGUAAAGAGAAGCCAGGCCAAGAAGAGCUAAUACCGAUUGAAGAUCCUGCAACUGGUGAAAUAUUCGCAUACUCUCAUGCUGCCUCUACCUCCGAUGUCGAGAAUACCAUCGAUCUCGCCCAUGCAGCCUUUAAAUCCGGCAUAUGGUCUAAAUCUUCGCGCCAUCAUCGGGCUGAUAUUUUGGAUAAAUGCGCAAUCCUCCUUACUGAAUGGUUACCAGAUUUCAUUGCGCUUGAGGUGCGACAGACCGGCCGCGCGAUCCGGGAGAUGAAAGCACAAGUGCCGUCUUUAGUACGUUGGUUUAAAUACUAUGCAUCGCUUUUACGAGUUGAGGAACAACCCGUCCUUCCAACCGCAGGGAAGCUGCACAAUUUCAUCAAUCGCGUGCCACUUGGAGUCGUGGUUCAAAUUACACCAUUUAACCAUCCGCUACUCAUCGCUGUUAAGAAAUUGGCACCUGCGCUGGCUGCGGGGAAUAGUGUCAUUGUGAAGCCGAGCGAGUUAACCCCACUAUCGACGCUUCUACUUGGUCGGAUCCUAAAGGAAGCUGACAUCCCUGAUGGCGUGUUUAGCGUUUUGCCGGGGUUUGGUGCUACAACUGGCAGGGCACUUGUGAAGAAUUCGCUAGUAAGAAAAGUUGACGUGACUGGAGGUACGCCAGCAGGCCAAGCGAUCGGAGCAAUCGUCGGCGGGAAUCUGGCAAGGUACACUGCUGAACUAGGGGGAAAGGCACCGCUAAUUGUCUUUGAGAAGGCGGAUUUGCAACUUGCCGUGAACGGGAUUGCAUUUGGUAGUUUUAUCGCGAGUGGUCAGACCUGUAUAGCCAGCACCAGGAUUAUCGUUGACAACAAGGUCUUGCCAGAAUUACUAGAAAAAUUAAAGGUGAAGACGGAUUCGAUAACACAGCGCAUGGGUUCUCCGGACAACCCAGAAUCGAUGAUGGGGCCUUUAAUAUCAGCAAAACAGCUCAAUCACGUCGAGACCUUAGUUUCCGAGGCUUUGGCAAGCGGCAACGGAAAGGCCAUUAUUGGGGGUAGCAGGAUGCACGGCACCAGCCCUCUCGAUAGAUUCAUUUUUUCGAAGGGCUAUUUCUACCAGCCUACAGUUCUCGUGUCAAGUGAGGGCGAUAGCCUUCUCAGGACGCGUAUCUGGAAGGAGGAGGCGUUCGGACCCGUCAUCGUAGUUGUGGGUUUCGAUACUGAAGAGGAGGCUAUCAAACUAGCUAAUGACAGUGACUUUGGCCUUGGGGCAGGGAUUUGGACUCAAGAUUUGGCGCAGGCUUUCCGCGUUUCUGAACAAAUCGACGCAGGAAUCACUUGGAUAAAUACACAUCAUAGGAAUGACCCUAGCAGUUCAUGGGGUGGGGCUAAGUCAUCGAGUGGUGUUGGAAGUGAAAAUGGUAUUGAUGCGUACCAUGCGUACACCACGACCAAGAGCACUAUCAUCAAUUAUGCUUCAACUGAAGAAUCGCUCGUUGCGGAUGAUUGGUUUAGCGAUAAUGCUGCAAAAGUCAGGUAUGGUUGA